AUGAGGCUUGUUGCAGCUCUCCAGCUAGGGCUACUUGCUCUAGCGGCUCCAGGACUAUGCGCUUCGUCUGGAUGGGGAUUUACCGAUGGCUCGCUGUCUCUUCAUCAAAAGGGGGCUGGAAUAGGUGGUAGUCAAAAGCAGAAGUUGGCCCAAGACAAGCCAUUAACCAAGCCGAUAACACUUAACGAUGCGAGCACAUUAAAGCUUCUCUUAACAAUACAGGAAGAUCAAGUUGCAGCAAGGCCUCACCAAGCCUUCUUGACUCUUAGAGAAAGCGAAUCCGGCCUUGACAUCUCAUACCCACUCACCGUCAAGGGAAGUGGAAAGGCUGUCGUCGAAUUAAAUCACAAGGACAUUCCAGUCCAAUUUCUCACGACCAAUACUCCUGUUGAAGCUUCUUUGCUGAUUGCUUCUUUUGGGUCUUCGAACGGAUAUUAUCAACCCGUCUUUAAGAUAUCUAUCGACCACAAUCCAGACACUCCUCUACCCUCCUCAGUCGCUCUCCGAUAUGGCAAACUGGAGGAAAUUCACCAUACAUUCAGAGCAGACCCCCGCAGCCCGCCCAUAAUCAUCUCCUUAGUCUUUGUCCUUGCCGUUUUAGCUACACUACCACUUCUAGCAAUCUCCUGGUUGUAUCUAGGUGCCAACGUCAACCAUCUCUCCGUGGCACUGAAAUCCGCCCCUCUCCCCCAUAUAGUUUUUGUUGGGUCAAUUAUUGGACUCGAGUUGACCUUCUUUAUGUACUACACAAGCUGGAAUCUGUUCCAGACUCUCCCGGUCGCUAUAGCAAUCGGUGUUGUGUCUGUCAUAAGUGGAAGCCGUGCACUAGGAGAAGUGCAACAGAGACGGCUUGCUGGUCAUCGAUAG